CAAAUGCCACUUCCUCUCGGUCUGCUGCACUAACUCGCUACCCCUCUUUUUCUCGGUACCAAUGCUGCUGCUUCUGCAGCCCCCAGGAGAUGCCAAUAAAUGGACGGUCCAGGGACAAUGACGUGGGAGGAGUUUGUGGAUAAUGCCGAGAAACUAGUGAGAUUGUCGGACGAGAUCUCGGACCAUUGGAAAUUUCCAGGGGACAAGGCGCUACCGGGCCAAGCCUAUUUGACUCGGCAGGAAAAAUUAUUCGUCCCGAUUGACCAUCCAAUGGACGAUGAGCGAUUAGAGGACGGUCUUAACAUCGAAUGCGAUGAUGAGAAAUGGUGCGAGGAGUUAAAUGAACAUCGAGAUCCUUACGAGUAUCCUGUCGUUAAGGAGAGACCGUUGAUCAUCGAACACCACGUCUUGUGGUCCAUGAGUUACAGCGUGCCUGUGAUUUAUUUCAAUGGUUGGAAAUCAGAUUACCCCGGCAUCAAUCCAGUGAGCGUGGAAAUUGCGCAAAAGCUGUUGGAAACCGACAAGCUGGCCUACAAUGAACUUUCCCAAGCCAUUCAUCCGCUUCUCGGUCGGCCCUUUCUCCACCUCCAUCCCUGCGGCUCGCCCGAGCUCUUACGGAGCGUGGCCCAAAGCACCAACAAACUGGUGAGCUGGUUAAGUGCCGUGGCACCAGCUGCGUUGAAGCUACGCCUGAGGUCCGAAUACUUUUAUCUGACAAACGCAGCUCGAGGAGGUGACAAGGAUAACGCCGAAGAUGGACGGUGAGCUUGCGAGAGCUUUUUUGUUUUUUAAGAAAAACUGUG